AUUGACCCAAAGGAUCUGGAGGUAGUGGUGUCCCUUAAGACCAAGACUCCACAGACAGUGGGAGACAUGAGACGCCUUCUUGGAUUCCUACGUUACUACAGAUCGUACAUCCAGGACUUCUCGCGGAUUGCCAGACCUCUUUAUGAACUACUGCAAGUAAAGCCUGAGAUGCAAGAGUCCCUGACACGCAAAGGGAAGUCCAAAGGACCGCAGCUAUCCUCCAGAACUCCUGUAGAGUGGACAAGAGAACAUCAGAUGACACUUGAGCGACUCGUGGACAUGCUCACAAGCCCUAUCCCGACUUCAACCAGCCGUUCGUGCUGCAUACCGAUGCGUCCGAGCAGGGGCUCGGAGCGAUCCUGUACCAGCAGCAAGAGGGGAAGUUGAGGGCCAUUGGGUAUGGUUCGAGAACAUUAACCCCUGCAGAGAGAAACUACAACCUACACAGUGGGAAGUUGGAGUUUCUCGCAUUGAAACGGGCAGUGUGUGAGAAGUUCAGGGACUACCUGUAUUAAGCCCCUCACUUCACGAUAUAUACAGACAAUAACCCGCUCACCUACAUCAUGAGCAGUGCCAAGCUAAAUGCCGUGGGGCAUCGAUGGGUAGGGGAACUGUCUGAUUUCCGUUUUGAUGUGAAGUAUCGCCCAGGCAAGGUAAACAUCGAUGCAGAUACGCUGUCACGGAUCCCGCUAGACAUUGAUAGAUAUAUGUCCGCUUGCACUGAGGAGUUAACCCAAGAUGUGGUGUGUGCAACGUAGGAGGGAAACAGAGCGGCUCAGAGGAAAGAUGUUGCCUGGAUCGCUGCCCUACACAUCUCCUCUCUGAACACCAGACAGCAGCUACCUGCACUCCUGCCAACGAUAAGCCAUGAUGAGCUGGUGAGAGCACAGCGAGAAGACCCGGCUAUUGGAGAGAUUGUGAAGUUCAAGGAGACAAGUACAGCACUAACUGAUGAGAUGCGGAAAUCAGUCAAUGUACAGUCUAGAAAGCUCUUACAUGAGUGGAGUAAGCUACACUUGGAGAAUGAACUCCUGUACAGACGGACUGAUUCCAGACAGCAGCUUGUCCUACCUGCAAAAUACAGACCUGUGGCAUUGAAACAUCUUCAUGAUGAGAUGGGACAUGUUGGUACGGAGAGAGUGCUCAACCUGGCUAGAGAACGGUUCUACUGGCCCUAUAUGAAGAGGAAGAUUGAGGGCUAUGUUACCAGGAGGUGCCCAUGCAUCAAACAGAAGAAACCUGUCGCUCACAUGCGGGCUCCUAUGGGCAGUAUAACGACAAGCUUCCCUCUAGAACUCGUCUGCAUUGACUACCUACACCUUGAGACUAGCAAGGGAGGUUAUCAAUACAUCCUGGUUGUAAUUGACCACUUCACGCGAUUUGCACAAGCGUACGCUACGAAGAACAAGUCAGGUCAUACUGCAGCAGAACGCAUAUAUAACGACUUUGUCCCACGUUUUGGUUAUCCGGCCAAGCUGCACCACGACCAGGGCCGUGAGUUUGAGAACAAACUGUUUCGGACAUUGCAGAAACUCUCAGGAGUUGGACAUUCCAGAACGUCACCAUAUCACCCACAAGGCAACCCAGCAGAGAGGUUUAACCGCACCUUAUUGCAAAUGCUGAGAACGCUGGCAGACCGAGAAAAGGAGCGCUGGAAAGACCAUCUACCACAAAUGGUACAUGCGUACAACUGUACCCGGCAUGAGGCCACUGGCUACUUGCCACAUUAUCUGCUCUUUGGCCAUCACCAACGCCUACCAGUCGAUUUGUUAUUUGGGUUGAUGGAAGAAACAGACCCAGUCACACCGAAAGGGUAUGCACAGAAGUGGGCGAAGAGAAUGUCCGAGGCUUAUCACAUUGCAAGCGAGAACAGCAAACAGUCAAGUGCCAGAGGCAAGUCAUAUUACGACCAAAAGAUGAAAGGAUCUGCCCUGCAACCUGGAGACAGAGUGCUCGUGAGGAACCUCAGUGAACGAGGAGGUCCUGGAAAGCUAAGGUCGUAUUGGGAAAGAGCCAUAUACCUAGUCAAAGAACAGGUAUCAGAAAACCCUGUGUACGUUGUGUAUCAAGAAAGUGGAGACAAGCAGAAAACAAGAACCCUGCAUCGUAAUCUGUUGUUGCCUGUGAGUGACCUACCUGUCGAAACUCUUCCUGGUCCAGUGAACUCAGCACCUGCGGGAAGACAGAGAAAAAGAUGUUCAAGAGCUAGUGAUGCAGAGCAACAGAUGCUUGACAGUGACAACUCGGAGGAUUCAGAGGAUGAACAGAACACUGGACGCUAUUGGCUAAGACUGCCUUUGAAUAGGACAGAACGGAGAGACUCAGUCCAUGAACCGACUUCAAGUCGAAGACAAUCAGAUAAUGAACCUGUAAUGGAGGGAAUACUGAGUGAAGAAGAAUUCGUACCUGGUAGACUCCAACAACCUGUGAGGGAAGAAAGACACCUACCUGAUCCAGUGGGAGUACCUGGAAGGAAAUACCAAGGACAACUACAAGAACAAAAUGAUGAAGAAUACAUGCCUGAUCGAGUUCCAUCACCUGCAAGAGAAGAACUGUGGCAAUCAGAAGGAACAAAUGAUGAUGAACACUUACCGCUAAACAGUGAUGUCAGAAGAUCGACCAGAGAGAGAAGACCACGACACAUAUUUACAUAUGAUACACUUGGUCAGCCAACAGUAAACACAGUUGAGGCAUACAUACUAUUAUGGGGUACACCCUACCAUAUUCCACUAGCAUACCCACCUGCACCUUACAUGCCACAAACAUGUAGUCCAUACUUUGCACCCAUUCAUUGAUUUCGAGUUUUGAAGAAACAUUUGUAUUGAAUAUUUUGAGACUGUCAGGAGCCAUUUUUAUUUUGUCGGGGAAUGUGUGACACCCACAAAAAGUUGUUAUUGUGUAUUUAUAUAAUUUGUUUCAAUAAUAUUCAUGUGAAUGAGAAGUAAUGGUGACACUAGGAUCUCAACAGAUGUCUAAACAACAGCUAACUACUGACAGUAGGGGGCAGUGUAGGUCUGUUUCACCGUGGGAGUCUCCUGUACACUGACGUACUUCCGCCCAAACUUCACAAUCCUGUGGAAUUUGGGAAAGCGACAACACGUUUCAAUUUGUGAUCCUUGUGUCCAUAUUGCAGGUACCCAAGCCGGGACCUGUAACAGUUUCUUGGGGGCUCGUCCGGGAUCGGCGCCACCUACAGGCCAAGGUUGGAAGCUGAUCCACUACAAUAGAUGACAUCGAGAGCUUUGCGGCCGCUGCAAUUGAUGAAUGCUGUGGAAGGAGGACAGGUGUGAGCAUCACGGUGAUUGUUUGACAGAAGUAGAGACUGUGUCGACUUGCUGGACUGUGUGUGUCUGACGUGAGGAAGAGGAACAAUGGCUGACGGAGAAAGGAAGAGAUUAAUGUGGGACAUUAAGAAGAGCCUGUUCUGCCUGUCACCAAACAACCUCUUUGACAUUGCCAACAACGUGGGCCCAGUGCCAGGAGAAGAACAGCCAAAACUGGAGAAAGAAGAUCACGAGGGUUGCUUUAAUCACAUCUGUGAGUUUAUUUAUAGCGAGCAUCACAUUAACAAAGAAGACGAAGGUAUGACAGAUUUGUUGCUUCUGAAAGAUGUUGUUGAUGCUGCAUUGCAGUCUCAAAAAGUGGUAAAAUUUGUAAAACCUGUUGAAAGUAAUACCGUUGAUGCUGAUGCUAGUGUUCAUGUGGGGCCAACUUAUUCUACUCAGGCAGUGGUAACCAGUGCAGCCAGGCCUGCUCAGUCAAAUGACUCCAUUAACACUACUACUGUAAAUACAUACCAUGUUACCCCAAUCAGUGAUAACAUUGAUACUGCUAUGCCUGAUUCAGUUGGUGCCGCACAAAAUGUUGAGCUACAAAGAAUGUUAUUAAGCUAUGCGGAGCUUGGGGAAAAACUUAAACAAUAUAUUGACACACCUACCACACAGUCACUCACCUCACAACAUUCACUCACACCACCAGCGGUACGGAACAAAGAUUCAUACACACCACACAUUUCAUCACACCACACACUCGCUACCAACUUGGACACAAUACUCACCAGCCAGAAGAGAAGGUGGUCUCCCUCCGAGAACUCUCUUAUCUUCACCGAAGAGAAUUCAAAAUUCAAGGGGAUCAAAUUGGCGAUAACACAUCAGACAU